AGGAGGACAUCUAGGUCGCUGCUCGGGCAGCACAAACUUCUUCACGAUGUGGCUGAAGCCCGAGGAAGUGCUCUUGAAAAAUGCGUUGAAGCUGUGGCUGACGGAGAGGUCCAACGACUACUUCGUGCUGCAGCGGCGUCGAGGCUACGGGGAGGACGGCGGAGGGGGGCUCACAGGACUUCUGGUUGGCACGCUUGAUUCAGUCUUAGACUCCACUGCUAAAGUAGCUCCAUUUCGCAUUCUACACCAGACACCAGAUUCUCAAGUUUACUGGUCAAUUGCAUGUGGAGCCAACAGAGAAGAAAUAACCAAGCAUUGGGAUUGGUUGGAACAAAAUAUCAUGAAGACCUUAUCUGUAUUUGAUUCAAAUGAAGAUAUUACUAAUUUUGUACAAGGAAAGAUCAGAGGAUUAAUUGCUGAAGAGGGAAAGCAGUCUUUUGCAAAAGAAGAUGAUCCUGAGAAAUUUCGAGAAGCCCUUUUGAAAUUUGAAAAAUGCUUUGGUUUACCAGAGCAGGAGAAAUUAGUGACCUAUUACUCAUGCAGCUAUUGGAAAGGACGGGUUCCUUGUCAGGGCUGGCUUUAUCUUAGCACCAACUUUCUGAGCUUCUAUUCUUUUUUGUUGGGAUCAGAAAUAAAACUUGUUAUAUCCUGGGAUGCUGUCUCAAAACUUGAAAAAACUUCCACUGUCAUACUGACAGAGAGUAUUCAUGUAUGUUCACAAAGGGAGGAUCACUACUUUUCAAUGUUUUUACACAUUAACCAAACAUACCUUCUGAUGGAACAGUUGGCAAACUACGCUAUAAAGAGACUUUUUGAUAAGGAAACAUUUGAUAAUGACCCAAUUCUUGAUGAUCCUCAGCAAAUCACAAAAAGAGGUCUGGAAAAUCGAGCACACAGUGAGCAAUUUAAUGCUUAUUUUAGGCUGCCCAAAGAGGAGACUUUGCAAGAAGUGCAUGAAUGUUUCUUAUGGAUACCAUUUAGCCACUUCAAUACUCAUGGGAAAAUGUGCAUUUCCGAAAACUACAUCUGCUUUGCUAGCCAGGAUGGAACUCUAUGUAGUGUAAUCAUUCCAUUACGAGAGGUCUUAGCUAUAGAUAAGACAAAUGAAUCCAGCAAAUCUGUCAUUAUUAGCAUUAAAGGAAAAACUGCUUAUCGAUUCACUGAAGUUAAUGACUUUGAGCAACUGGUAACAAAACUCAGACUCAAGUGUGGGGCAGCUUCAACUCCAUGUCAUGAUAUUGGAGCAGAGGUUGCUCUUAGUUCUGAUUCUACAGGCCCUUCAGAUAACCUUGAGGAACAAUCUGUGACAUCUCAGAAAGAAUGCAGUAAAACCGUGAACACUGAAGCCUUAAUGAGGGUAUUUCACCCUCAAAAUCUGGAAACUCUUAAUUCUAAAAUGUUGAAAGAAAAGAUGAAGGAACAGUCAUGGAACAUCCUAUUUUCAGAAUGUGGACGUGGUGUUAGCAUGUUCCGGACCAAAAAGACUCGAGAUCUGGUUGUCAGAGGGAUUCCAGAGACGUUAAGAGGAGAGCUCUGGAUGCUUUUCUCAGGUGCUGUUAACGAUAUGGCCACUCAUCCUGGUUAUUAUGCUGAAGUGGUUGAGCAAUCCUUAGGGACCUGCAACUUGGCAACUGAAGAAAUUGAACGUGAUUUGCGACGCUCUCUGCCUGAGCACCCAGCUUUUCAGAGUGAUACUGGCAUAUCUGCGCUGAGGCGGGUACUUACUGCAUAUGCAUACAGGAAUCCCAAAAUUGGAUACUGCCAGGCAAUGAACAUUUUGACCUCAGUGUUGCUUUUGUAUGCAAAAGAAGAAGAAGCAUUUUGGCUUUUGGUUGCUGUAUGUGAAAGAAUGUUACCUGAUUAUUUUAAUCGUCGAAUAAUUGGUGCCUUGGUGGAUCAGGCAGUCUUUGAGGAACUUAUUAGAGAUCAUCUUCCUCAGCUGACAGAACACAUGACUGAUAUGACAUUCUUUUCCUCAGUUUCUCUCUCAUGGUUUCUCACACUUUUUAUCAGUGUGCUACCUAUUGAGAGUGCAGUGAAUGUGGUGGACUGCUUCUUCUAUGAUGGAAUAAAAGCCAUUUUGCAACUGGGAUUGGCAAUACUUGAUUAUAAUUUAGACAAACUGCUGACAUGUAAAGAUGAUGCUGAAGCUGUGACAGCUUUAAACAGGUUCUUUGACAAUGUCACUAAUAAAGAUAGCCCAUUGCCUUCAAGUGUUCAGCAAGGCUCCAAUAUGAGUGAUGAAAAAAGCAAUCAUACUAGAGUGGACAUUACAGAUUUGAUUAGAGAAUCAGAUGAGAAAUAUGGCAGUAUUCGCUGUGAAGAUAUAUACAGCUUGCGCUGUCGAAAUAGGUUAUAUGUAAUACAGACCCUAGAGGAAACAACAAAGCAGAAUGUGUUGCGCGUUGUAUCACAAGAUGUGAAAUUGAGCCUUCAGGAAUUGGAUGAACUUUAUGGCAUCUUUAAGAAAGAGCUGUUUCUUUCUUGUUAUUGGAGUUUGAAUUGUCCAGUGUUGAAGCACCAUGAUCCCAGCCUGCCAUAUUUGGAACAGUAUCAGAUCGACUGUGAACAGUUCAGAGUAUUGUAUCACUUCUUGAGUCCCUGGGCUCAUUCUGCAAACAGAGAUGUGCUAGCUUUAUGGACAUUCAGAUUGUUGGAUGAAAACUCAGACUGCCUUAUAAACUUCAAAGAAUUCUCCUCUGCAAUUGACAUAAUGUACAAUGGAAGUUUUACAGAGAAGCUUAAACUGCUUUUUAAGCUGCACAUUCCUCCAGCUUAUACUGAUGUGAAAUCACAGGACCCUUCAAAAGGAGAUGAACUUUCCAAGGAGGAAUUACUUUAUUUCAGUCAACUGCACGUUUCCAGGCCGGCAAAUGAGAAGGAAGCAGAAUCAGUGAAAAAUAGCCCUGAUAAAGGCAAAGGCAAAGUUGAUAUUCAAGCCUACCUAAGUCAGUGGCAAGAAGAGCUUUUCAAAAAGGAAGAGAACAUUAAGAAUUUGCCAAGAAUGAAUCAGUCACAGUUUAUUCAGUUUUCAAAGACCCUUUACAACUUAUUCCAUGGAGACCCCGAAGAAGAGUCAUUAUAUCAAGCCAUUGCUGUCGUAACCAGACUUUUACUCAAGAUGGAAGAAGUUGGAAGGAAACUCCACAGCCCUACGUCAUCAGCCAAAGGAUCCUCUGGGACUGUCUGUGGAGGACCCAGUGAGGGGACAACAGAGACCCACUUGCAAGAGAUAGAUCCCUCCUUACUUAAGGAGGAACCUCAGUGGUCAUUCUCAUUUGAACAGAUUCUUGCAUCCUUGUUGAAUGAACCUGCUUUAGUGAGGUUUUUUGAGAAACCUAUAGGUGUAAAAGCCAAGCUAGAAAAUGCAAAAGCCUUUCAGUUAAGGUCUAGAACCAAGAUGUAAAUCUCCUAACGGGAAUUGCCCGUCAUAGACAAGUUUAAUCAGGAUUCAUGAAGCUACCAGCUUGACUCCUGGGAGUUUGGUUCCAGAGAUUCUCCUGUAAGUUGUUGCCAGUGUGUUUGUGGGCAAAAAGGGGAAGAUACUCUGGAGUACAAUGAUGCUUCCCUCAAAUUUUGAUAUUCUCAAAUACAAAUGUUCUUUUUAUAUUUCACAAGAUAUGCAAUGUCAGGAAAAUAUGUUAAAUGUUACCACCAGAGGGCACCAGCUUAUCACUUUUAGUAAGGGGUUGCUCUUUGCAUAUGAAUUUAGUGAUGAUUUUCUAAAGAUGGUGGUGUGGUUGAGUGUCAGUGAUGGUGAUAUGUCAUACAGAUUAAAUCAUACUUUCCAACCUGUCUCCGAUCAAUGAGAAUGCAUUAGAAAACUGGGCUGUGAGAUGAAUAUGCCUUUAUUUACCUAGAAAAUUGCCAUUGGGAAACCCUGUUUUCAAGUCACCUGUCAUUUAAAAUAUUGCAAAUUUUGAAAUUAAUCUGAUUUUGUCUUCUAAUAAGUAUUUUUUAGUAGCUUCUGAGGGUUUCAGACGCUACUGACGUCCACCUCUAUCUCUGUUACUGAUGUUGUUUUUAAAAUCAAGAACUCUAAACUCGUUGAUGUAAGAAAAAUGUUGGAUUUGGAUUGUAAGCUUUUUCAAAACGAUUAAGAAAUGCUUUCAUUAACUCUGUACAUCUUUCAUUUACACUGAGAAAUUACUUCAGAUUCUUCUGAGCAUUGUUUUUUGUGCCGUUUGUCUCAGAAUAGCUUGGGACUGCUUUGGUUCUUUGGUUCUAGCUUGAGAGAGUGGAUCCUCAACACUCCUGCUUUAAAUUACAUAAAAAGUAGAUACACUUAAAACUGAACUUUUGUUAGUCUGGCAAGUUCAUAAAAUAUACUUGUGUACAGUGAUUGUCAAGGUGAUGUACAGAAUUACCAGCAUCUAGCUACAAAGUUCUGACUACCUAAUUUAGAUAUGUAAUCUCUGUGUAUUUUAUGCUGCUCGUAGCUUGUGUUCAGUCCCUACAAUGAAAGUCCACUUAAAGAGAUAAUGGACUUUGUUAGCACUGUUAAAGCAGGCAAACAAACAAACCAAAACGAAAUGAAUCCACAUUUGCCCCGUCUUCUUGCUAUCUCGGACAAGAGCAAUUCCUCAAUCAAUCAUAGAAAUCAAACGCAUCUAUUGGAAUUAUAUUUCUUCACAAAAGACAUUGGUUUUAAGCCCUUUGACUUUUCUAAAUAUGAAGCCAUGAAAGGGCAAACAUCUUUCAGUGACCCAAGAAGUCUGCCUUCCCGGGAAGGAAUCUGUACAGUCAGCCUUUGAUGAGAGUUCCCUGUGAACAAGGCCUUAAACAGAAGGCUUUGUCACCCUAGACUCCACUUAUUGCAGAGUUUCAAGAAUUUUCAAGUUGACCCUCUAAACAUUUCAUAAAUUGGGCAUCAUGAAAAUCUUUCUUCAUGUCUUCAAAACGAUGUGGUAAACCUCGUCUUCUCAAAGACCUUGCCACUUAAAGGGGUACUUAGGACAUAAACAUCUACAUCUACUCAUCUUCUCAAAAACGAUGGACUGAAACGUAAUCUACAUUUCACAAGUUAAUAGUUUAUGCACAAAGGAAAAAAGAUAAUCUAUUAUGCAAUGAUACCACAGUAGCUCUGGAGAGACACAAAGUUCUAUGUUUAUAUAUAAAGGCACUAGUAUACACAUUUUGUUGACUAUUUUGUUAACUCUAUGUACAAAACAAGAUAAUUUCUUAAGAAUAUAUGUUACUAAUAUUUGAUAUUGAUUUUAAAGUCAGAAUAUUGAAGAUUACUGAGUAUUGUAUUUUAGCCUAGAUCAAUUAAAAUUUAAUACUUAAGAGACAUUUUAUGAAUUAAAAAAGAUUAUAUGUAUAACUUAAUAAGGCAAACAAUUUUAUUUUCUGAGUCUACAAGAGAAACAAAUUUUCUAGUUGUUUGUUAAAAUAAAUGGGUGGUUCUUAAUGUUAAAAAUCUUACAUAGCUGUGUCAAACUGAACCAGUGUAUUAUAACUUAUAAAUUACAUGAAAUGUUAUAAGGUGGCUUUACCUGUCUUUAUACAAAUAAAUAUUGUAAAUCCAUUAUAUUACACAUGAAAAAAUGGCUUAUUUAAAUACAUUACUGUUAUUUAUUGUGA